AUGGGAUUCUGGACGCUAAUGGAAGGGUUGCUGCUAUUCGCAAACGCACUAGCUAUCCUCAACGAAGACCGUUUCCUAGCUCCAAAAGGAUGGACCCUCGCGGAGCUACACCAAACCGGCAAAAGAAACUCUCUCAAAGGCCAAAUCGUUGGUCUCAUCCACGCUUGCCAGUACAUGAGGCUCCCCCUCAUGCUCUUUAACUUAAUUGUCAUCGUCGUUAAGCUUUUCUCCGGUUAAAAACACACUAGUUUUUCUUUUCUUUUUUGUUGACCCUUGUCAGAACAAAUGACUUUUGUUGUUGAAAUUUAAAAAUCAAAAGCUCGCAUUUGUGUAUA